AUGGUCGACGCAUUGGGAGUCCCUAUCGGUGGAAGAGGAGCUCUAAGCGAUCACGAACGAAGACGUGUCGAAGUGAAAGCCCCUGGGAUUAUUGAACGUAAAUCUGUGCAUGAGCCUAUGCAAACAGGGUUAAAAGCGGUAGAUAGUCUGCAAAUGAACUCAAGGGCCACCUCUGAGAGUGAGACAUUGUAUUGUGUCUAUGUAGCAAUUGGACAGAAACGCUCAACUGUGGCACAAUUAGUUCAAAUUCUUUCAGAAGCAAAUGCUUUGGAAUACUCCAUUCUUGUAGCAGCCACUGCUUCGGAUCCUACUCCUCUGCAAUUUCUGGCACUUAUAACUAUUACAGAUUUUCAAAAAUCACAAGUUUGA